UUUGUGCAAGUCGGAAAAAAGUUCGAUACGGAGUAGAAGUGCAAAUCAUAGAGGAAGAAAAAUUAUUUGUGAAUUUUACGUGUAAUAUUUUGCUUUAAAAACCCAAACAACCAUGGAAGCUGUCCCUCGGAUGCCGAUGGUCAGCUUCGAGCUGAAGGUUUGCCCAGAUGCGACCAGUUUUGGGCCGCUGAAACAGUACAUUGCAGAGUAUUAUCAUGAGGAUCCAGAUUCUUACUCAAAAGAAUGCUAUCAACUGGAGCAGCUGAGAAGCUCUGCAGCCCGACCAUCUCAGGAUGUCGAAGGAACAGCUGUGCUGAAGCGCUACUAUUGUCAGCUACAUUCGAUCCAAAAUCGUUUUCUUUUGAAUCAACUGCCGGAGAGUCAUCAAAUGCUUACUUUUAGCUGGCGCGAUCUGUACAGUGGAUCAACACUCCAGAAAAGUAAUGUGAAGUUUGAAAUGGCCGUAAUAUUGCAUAAUUUUGGUGCGCUACAUACCCAGCUCGGCGCGGCGGAAGGUCGCGCUGAUCCCGAGAGUAUGAAAAAAGCUUGUACCCAUUUCCAGUGCGCGGCUUGGGCUUUUGGUUAUAUAAAGGAUAAUUUUGCACUGCUCUUGCAGGGAGACUUGUCGACGGAAUUGCUAGUGUUUAUGCAGGCCCUCUGUUUUGCCCAAGCUCAAGAAUGUAUAAUGGAGAAGAGUCUCUGUGACAACAGGAAAUCUGGCAUUAUUGCCAAAGUAACCGCACAGAUUGUAACGUAUUAUAAUUCUGCUCUGGCUGCGCUUUUGGUUCAAAAUGGGGAAGAUGGCCGAAUCCAGGAUAUUGUAGGCGGCAAGCAGUUCAAGGAAUGGCGGAAAUAUGUCAAAUUCAAGAUAUCCUAUCUGUCGUGCAUUCUGCUUCUUUACCAGGGACAACAGUCCGAAGAACAGCAGAAAAUGGGUGAACGUGUCAUCCUGUAUCAAUCUUCGUUUGACAAACUCGAGGAGGCUAGAAAAGAGUCCAAAGGACUCGCUCACAUUGAUCAGGUGAACGAUGCCCUUCAGUUCACGAUGGAUGUUGUGGAAGCAAAACGAAAAUCAGCUAAAAAUGAGAAUGAGUUUAUUUAUCACGAAGAAGUUCCAGACAUAAGCUCGAUUGCCGCUGUUCAGGGAGCUAAUCUAGUACAUGGAAUUGCUUUUAACGUGACCGAUACGGAUGCCAUGGGGGACGACAUAUUCCACAGGCUGGUCCCCAUGAAGGCCCACGAGAGCAGCUCAGUUUAUAGCGAGGAAAAAGCAAAUCUUCUACGAACCAUUGGAACCAAAGUGGAGGACAAGGACAGCGAGCUGACCACUUUUAUGAGUUCACUGAAUUUGGACUCAAUACACUUUCAGAACCCCAACAGCAUCGGAGGUGACAAUCGACUUCCCCAGGGACUCGUCGAUCGUUGCGCGGAUUUGAACGCCAAACCUAACGCCAUUCCGGAUUUGGUACAGUCGAUGUCGAACCUCGCGGAAACUUGUUCCGAUGUAGAACUGAUGUUGCGUGAGAUCAAACACUUACUCAAGCAGGAUGAGAUUCAGGAGGACAGCUAUCAGCAAAAGAUUGGCCAACGCUCGAAUGGGGGAGGUCACGUUGCCGAGCUGAAUCGGGAAUACGCCAAGUAUCAAGAGGCUCACAAUAAAGCCGGCGAAAGUAACGACACGCUGCGGAAGGCAAUGGGACUGCAUGUACACAACUUGAAGAUUUUGGCGCAGCCACUGAAGGAAAUCAAGGAGCAGAUUCCAACGUGCGGCGAGCAGUUCGAUGAAUCAACGCUCAAGGAGCUGCAGGGGAUGUUGGCAAAGGUCAACGAGAUGAAGAGCCAACGCGUCAAGCUGUACCAGGACCUGCGAACUAACAUCACAAACGAUGACAUCACGUCGCAGGUGAUUGCCCUCGAGGGUGGCCCGGACAACAAGCAACGCAUGCAGGAGCUGUUCGAGAAAGAACUGGCAAAACAUAACCAACUGAUUACGCUGCUGGAAGCCAACAUGAAAGCCCAAGCGAACAUCUUGAAGGUCCUGACGGAUAUUUACGCCCGCUGUGCCCCGAUCAUCAAAUCUAUAAGCGAAACGAAAUACAAACGGGAGCAGUUUUUCUCUUCGCUGCAGGGAUCGUACGAUGUGUACGAGGAUUUGCUGUCGAAGAGCGCGAAAGGGUUGGAAUUUUACAAGAAGCUUCAAGCUAACGUCCAGAAGCUAUAUUCGAGGGUGAAGGCUGCCUGUGAUGUUCAGGAUGAGGAGCGCAAUCAAAAGUUAAAAUCAAGCAAUAUGGUGAAGAAGCAGGAUUCUUCUAGGGAAAGUCCUAGAAUGAGUAGCGGUCCGAAGCUUAAAGACUAUCUGAAGUCUGGUAAUAUUACUCUUGGUUCCAUUAAAGCGGCUGGGAUGGAUACUAAUCCGUCGGCUUACAUUCCUCCUGUGAGACCGAACCCGGUAGGGUCGGAAAGCACUGCUCCAACUUCCAGUGCAAACUCUACCGCGGGCGGUUAUUAUCAGGAUUCAUAUUCUAGUUCAAAUUACUAUCCUGCGACUGCAAUGGCACAGUCAACGCAAGGAGUUACUGAUUAUACACAGUACUAUCAGCAUCAUCAUCAGCAGCAACAACAGAUGAGUUACGGUCAACCGGCGACCUCUUCUACAUUCCAAUCUAAUACCAAUCCGACAAUGACUUCAACGCAGACACAACCUCAAACGACGGGUUAUGUUAAUCCGAUUUAUCAAAAUCCCACCCACAGUUACUACAAUAAUAACCGAGCUGUGGAUUAUAACCAAUAUCCGCCGUCGCAACCCUCACCCGCGCUGUCCUCUGUAUCUGGUGAUGCUCCUCCGACGCAACAAUGGAAUCAAAUGACGCAACAAUUUGGAUCAAUGAAUUUGUAUCAACCAACAGCGAAUUAUCAGACAAACUUGGAUACGAAUACUGCCUUGAACUAUAAUCAAAUUAAUUCGUACAAAACGGAUGCUACCUCUUUGAACCAACAAUAUUCGACUCAAGCUAAUCAGUCACAUGCAUCAUUCGGCCAGUCGUCAGCUCAAUAUCAAGCUGCUUCCGGGCAAUAUUAUCAGCAGCCGCAAACACAGGUACAUCAACAGUACACCCAACCGACCCAGCCUAGCGAACCCCAGAAAACCAAUCCUGAUCCAAGUAAUUCCUAUCCUACUUAUCCUGGAUAUUCCUACAAUCCUCAAACAGGUACAUACGAAUAUACCGGGGUUCAGUACAACCAAUCAGCUCAGCCACCCCAAGUGAAUCCUUAUGAUAGUAGCAAGACUGUACCACCAACAACGAACACUUUUUCAAUACCAGCCCCGGCUUCAACAUCCGGCGGAUCCUAUUACCAACAACAAGUCGCCGAUUACAGUAAUCAACAGCAAACUCAAACUCAGUAUAUGAAUCCGUACAGUUCUAGUUCUGUUGCGCAAGGCACGAUCACCCAAUCGAUUGCUUCUAACAUUCCCUCAUCUCAAACAACAACUACGGCUGGAUAUAACGGAUACGGAGGCCAAGCGACUCAGCUUCAAGACGUCAACCAGCAGUAUCAGCCAGGACAGACCCAGAAUUCCUACUAUAACAACACUCCCGGUUAUGCCUAUCAACAGAGCACCCCUGCGGUUCAAUAUCCCCAACCGACGGUUGAUACGAAUUCGGUUCAAAAUCAGUAUUCUAAUUAUGGAGUUACAUCUUACAAUUACGGAACCUAUAGCGCCACCAACGCGGACGGAAGUGCUACUCAGCAACCACCACCUGCUGCAGUGCAGCCGACCAUUGAUCGCACCACUAAAGUUACGGUUCCUUCAGCUUCUCAACCGCAGCAAGCCCCACCGAGCGCUCCAGCCCCUGCAGCCAGACAAUCCUCCAACUUGGAUCUGCUCUCGGGAAUUGAUUUCACACCCGCACCGGUGGAAGCACCCGUACUACAGCCCCAAUCAUCUGUCACAUCCAAGGAUGAAGAUGUUAAGAGUGAAGUCCUCACGCCAACCAAGGUGGUAGCAUCCCUGGCCGACGUUACACCAAACCCCGCCUCUGUGGCUGUUAAUCAACAGCCACAAACAGAUACUCCAGCCUUGGGACCGCCAGCGGGCAGCGAUCGCAAGGCAAGCGUGGACAACCUUUCCAUCUGUUCGGAUUUGAGUUCGAUUGAUCAAAAUUUUGACUGGGAAAGUGCAUCGCUGCAUGCGGGUAAACCAACGCAAGCCCGUCCGCCACAGAUUGAUCCGAUUGGUUCGAUUGUGGGUGGCGGAAGUACAGUGGUGCUAGGUACCAGCAACCGGAGCACUUUGGACAACAUUUUGGUGCAGCCCGUGCGGGAUCCGUUCGAGGAUCAGUCCACGCUCAAGUGGUUCCACAAGGAGGUCGAACGGUUGGAGAAGUUUAUCGACAGUUUGAAUGUGAAGACGCUAAACGGAACCACUCCGCUGGAUGGGAAGUGGAAGGAAUUGCAGGAUUUGCUGGUGAAAGAGGAAGCUAAACGACAGGUCAGUGUGGCCAGGCUUUUUCCGGAGAAGAAUCGCUCCGUUGAUUGUGUGCCGUAUGAUCACGCGCGGGUGACAUUGCCAACGGAGACGGACAAUUAUAUAAAUGCGGCUUAUGUAAAGUUUCACAAGGAUAUUAUGCCGGAUCUUGGUUUCGGUUGCCCUCAACUAGUCCUAGCCCAGACACCUCUCCAAAACACAGUGAACGAUUUCUGGAACAUGAUCUGGUCGCAGAAAGCUAACGUUGUUGUGUGCUUGCAUACACCGAAUGAGAUAUUGGACACUUUCUGGCCGUUGGAAAUCAAACAGGAACUCACCUACGGUGAUGUCUCGGUUUCGCUCAUCAAACAGUUUGAUCUAACGCACUGUAUCGAACGGAUGCUGCGUGUGACCAUGCUUGGCUCGGAUAUCAUUUUGAACGUUUCUUUGCUACAAAAUAAACUAUGGCUCAAGCAGUCAGCCGAGUACGUACUGGGAAUCGCACAAAAUGUGAUCGAUGCCUACAGGCAGCAGCAGAGCCAGGAAUUGAAGUCGUUGAAACCGCUGAUCGUAAACUGUUUGAAUGGGUCGGACCGGUCCAGUCUGCUGGCGGUGGCCAUCGCUUCGAUUCUAGCAACCCAAACCAAGAAACCUAUAUUGAUAAAUAUUGUAGAUAUUUGGUAUAGAAUUUGCUGUCAACGAAAGGGUGCCCUUAGGGAUCCCAGUCACAUCCAACAGUCGUACCAAAUUGUUCUAAGCAAUGGUCAUAGUAUUUUAAAUAAACGUGGUAUAAUGACAUCGUAUCAGAUGAAGACCGAACAAGCUAGUGCCGCUGCCGAGAAGGAGGAAGCAAUCAACGAUCCGUUCAAAGAUUUGGAUCCGCUGUGGAAACUGAAGUGAGCGCAAAAUUUGCCGUUCUUAGCUCCGAUGGAGUAGAUCAUUCCACAAUGUAGUUGUAUUGCUUGGUCAUUAAGCGACAUAGAUCGACUGGAAAUUGGGUUUCAUCAGCAGUUCGCAAGCGAGCGUUUAUUAUUGUUAUACGCAAUCGCGCACCUAUAUUGGAUAUAUUUUAUUACAUUCGCUAUUGUGACUUUCAUAAUACAACAGGUUAUUUAUUCUAUAAAACGAGUAUAUUACGAGCAUGAUUACAAUUGAGGUUUUUUGGAAGAAGGACCCGGAAGGAUGGAUAUGAAAAAAGAACUGAAAUUGCUAUUAUUUAUCACAGAAUUAUAGUUGUAAUUAGUUUACAUCAUACAGGCAACAAUAAAGACCGUACUAUGUUAAACAAUA